AUGACUUAUCCGCAUGCUCCGAGCCUGGAGGAGUUGUUGUCACAGAUGGACGUUGAGGAGGAGAUGACACAGCGGGCUUCUUCUUCUCCUCCGAGUAUUUCUCCAUUCAAUAUCAAGAAUUUUGAAGCUUUUCUGGUGAAAUCACAUUGUGAUGAGAACUAUGAGUUUUGGAAGGCGUGUAAUUACUAUUUGAACCAUUCAGAUAUUCCCACAUUUGACUUUGUUCAGUGGAACACAAAUAUUUAUCAAAAUUUCAUUCAAGUGAAUGCUCCGAUGGAAUGUAACCUGCCGCAGGAUAUUAAAAAAGCGUACCAAGAAUGGUACGAUCAUGGGGUGAUACCGAGCCGGGAUGUAGUGCUUGAAGCGCGACAGCAUGCACUUAAUCUCAUGACAGACGCAUAUAGGCAGUUUGUGCGGUAUACUAAUCAUGCAACGCCGCCUCCUCCAUCACCUUCGGUGUCUACACAAGGGCCUACUACAUGCUAUUUCCCACAGCAGCGAGAUCUCAAGAGACGCAAGAACUCACGCGAAUGCCGAACCAGUGACUUCAAGAUACAAAGGUCUGUGACAGAUUCCAGUGGUUCCCAGAGCGGGUCUCGAGUGAGCGUCGUCAUGGAUUCCGGCUCAAGUUCCAAGAGCGAACUUUCGGAGUCUGUUGGAGGAGGAGCCAGCACUAGAAGGCUUAUAAACAAAGGCAAGGCACUGGUUACAAAGCUCAAGCAAAAGACUAAGAGGCCUAAUUCGAAGUCUAGUUCAUCAUCCAACAACGGACUGCCCACUAAAAAUUGCAUUCUAUCCACAUACCAAAAUCUCUAA